AUGUCUGAUGAGUCAACAACUAAUGCUAAAAAAAGUCGCUCUUUGAGUGAUGCAGAACGUCGUCUUAUGCGAAGACAAAAAAGAAUUUUAAAUAAUGCGAAUGGCAGACUAGAACGAAUCACAGCUACUCACUCGAGCACAACCUCUCUUAACACUGAAUCGACUUCAACUUUAACUAGUAGAAAUGUAUCUCCUCAACUUAGUCAAAGGUCUUCACCUGUAACUACUGAAUCUCCGGAUAGUAUAUUUUCUUUGAGAAGGAAUACCGAAACUUUUGAACCUCUACCGCCACCUUUAAAUUCCGAUUCGACAAUACAACCAUCACCAGACAGACCAUCUUUCACUCCUAUUAUCAGGGUUAAUAACGAUUCGGAUCCACAAAGAUUGUUUCAUCAACGAGAUCAAGAACAUCCUUCUGUUUCUACCUUAACUGGUGAUGAUGAUCAUAAUGGAUAUUUUGAAAACGAUGAACAGUUUAGGAGAGAACUAACAAACCUUCGUGCAGGAAAUAGUAGUACAACUUCGUUAGCAUCGACUAUUGGUACUACUAGUGAAUAUCCUCCUGGUAGUUAUCCACCUUCGAUUUCGCAUGAGGACCUAGCGAUAUAUGACGAGAUAAAUGCUUAUUGCCAGCAACAGCAACAAUCUAUGCCGCCUUUACCAUUUCUGUCAUUUCUUAGUCCUGACCUAAUUUCUCCUGGUCAACAACAAUCAGAUGUUCAAUCUAAAUUAUGGCAACUAAUCCAUUUUUUCGCAAUGAUUAUGUUGGGAUUGCUUGCGAUUGGGUCAGAAGUGUUUCGGCAUGAUGGUACUUGGAGUCGAUUAGCUAUACUAAAUUAUAAAAAACCAAACGAAAUUGUUGAUUCAGAUCGUGUAUCAAGUUUGUCAUUAUUUUGGUAUUUUGUGACUAUUGAGUUGAUCCUUCAAUCUUCUCGAUUAUUUUUGCAAAAGGAUCGAACAUUUGGAGGUUCAGCGCUAGGUACAAUAGCUGCGAAUUUACCACCACCACUUUCUGAUGUGCUUACGGUACUAUUAAGAUAUAACUUGAUUUGGAAUAGUCUUUGGGAAGAUAUUUGCAUGUUAUUGGAAUUUUUUUUACUUUGGAUGAAAUGA